AUGUGGAUUGAACUCGCUGUGGUUUUUGCGGCUUUUGGUUUGAGUUCUGCCUCGGCGAAUUGCGCAUGCUCGGGAAACUUCACCGCGUACAAGCCGACGUAUAGUAUCACGGCGGCUGAGGACCCAACGCAGAUGUACGACCAUUUUGCGCCGUGCUAUCCCGAUGGUGGUGUCUGCUACAGUAUCAUUAACCCGAGCGUUCAGGGUUAUGGAGUUGGGUGGAUCAUCAUCGACAACUUCAUCGUCCCAGAUGGCUAUAACUUUACUGUCACUAUCACUGAUGGAAGCGUCACGAAAUUUGUACUGACCAAAGACAACAUCAAGCUGUACAGAGGCCUCUUGGCAAACUGGACCAGCACAAAUGGAUACAUCACGAUUUUCCAAGACUAUGGGCAGAAUGCGGGCAAUAGCAAAGUUGACUUCACCUUUGACGCACAUCCGAUGAAGAAUCGC